CCAACAUGGGUCCCAACAUGGCGGAAUAAGGAAAGAGGUUCUAAAGAUUCUUUUUAAGAACUGCUACAACUUUCAUCGCUCCAUCAUGGUGAAGGAGCAGUUUAAAGAGUCUGGCGUUACUAAGAAAAUAAGCCAUGUCAACUUUGGACUGUUUUCUCCUGAACAAAUGCACCAAUAUGCACAUAUUCACUGUGUCAGCAAAAACCUGUACAAUCAGGAUCAAAGCCGUACCCCUGUGCCAUUUGGGGUGUUAGAUUCACACAUGGGCACAAGCACUAAAGAUCGGAGCUGUGAUACAUGUGGCAAACCAUUAGCUGAUUGUGUUGGUCACUAUGGUUACCUUGAUCUGGAACUUCCAAUCUUUCAUGUUGGUUUCUUCAGGUCAACGAUUGUCAUUCUGCAAAGCAUUUGUAAGACAUGUUCCAGGAUACUGUUACCACCUCAAGAAAAGAAACAUUUUCUUGAUCAACUAAGCAGACCAGCCAUCUCAUCAUUAAUGAGGAAGAGCUUGAAGAAAAAGAUUGUUGAGAAAUGCAAAAAGAUCUCUAAAUGUCCUUAGUGUGAAGCAUUAAAUGGUUUUGUAAGAAAGAGUGGAAUGAUGAAAAUUGUGCAUGAAAAGUACAAAUCAGCCAGGAAGUAUGUUGAUCCUGUUAUCUCAGAGUUUCAAGCUUCAUUUGGCUCAGCCAUAGAAUAUAACAAAGAACUGGAGAGUUUGCUCAGCAAAGCACAGGAAGUGCUGAAUCCAUUGAGGGUUAUCACCCUGUUUGAACAAAUCCCUGAUCAGGACUGCCCAUUGUUGAUGAUGAAACCUGAGUUAGGUAGACCAGAGAAUCUUAUUGUGACACGUUUGCUGGUGCCGCCUGUGUGCAUCAGACCAUCUGUCAUCAGUGAUCUACAGAGUGGGAGCAAUGAAGAUGAUCUUACCAUGAAGCUCACAGAAAUCCUUUUCCUUAAUGACGUUAUAAGCAAACACAGAGCAACAGGAGCUAAAGUACAAAUGAUAAUGGAAGACUGGGAUUUUCUCCAACUUCAGUGUGCUUUGUAUAUUAACAGUGAAAUGUCAGGAAUUCCUCUGAGUAUGCAGCCCAAGAAAGGGUCUAGAGGAUUUGUACAGAGACUGAAGGGGAAACAAGGUCGGUUUCGAGGGAAUCUGUCUGGUAAGAGGGUUGAUUACUCGGGACGAACAGUCAUCUCACCAGACCCUAACCUUCACAUCGAUCAAGUGGCAGUUCCAGUGCAUGUGGCAAAGGUGCUCACUUACCCAGAAAGAGUAACACAGGCCAACAUACAACUGAUGAAACAGCUGAUAUUGAAUGGCGCUGAUAAACAUCCUGGAGCCAACUUCAUUCAGCAACGGCAAACAAAUAUUAGAAAAUUUCUCAAGUAUGGCAACAGAAAACAGAUCAUGAAGGAUUUGAAGUAUGGAGAUAUCGUUGAAAGACACCUGAUAGAUGGUGAUGUCGUGCUGUUCAACAGACAACCCUCACUUCACAAGCUCAGCAUCAUGGCUCAUCAGGCGGUUGUAAGACCUCACAGAACAUUCCGUUUCAAUGAAUGUGUAUGCACCCCUUACAAUGCAGACUUCGAUGGCGAUGAAAUGAAUCUUCAUUUGCCACAGACAGAGGAAGCCAAGGCUGAGGCGCUGACACUUAUGGGGGUCAAAUCGAAUUUAGUAACACCGCGGAAUGGAGAACCUCUCAUAGCCGCCAUACAGGAUUUUAUCACAGGGGCCUAUCUGCUGACGCAGAAAGACGUUUUUCUUGAUCGAAGCCAUAUCUCGCAGCUGUUGGCUUACAUCCUGGCUGGAAAAGACGUGAACAUCAAAAUCGAUCUCCCGCCUCCUGUUAUACUUAAGCCAGUGAAACUGUGGACUGGAAAACAGGUGUUUAAUGUCAUACUGAGACCAAACAAGGACAUGCCAAUCAAAAUGAAUUUACGUACAAAAGGAAAACAGUACACGAAGGAAGAAGAUCUCUGUUUCAAGGACUCUUAUGUGGUAAUUCACAACAGUGAGUUGAUGUGUGGUGCAUUGGAUAAAGCUGUGCUUGGUUCUGGCUCCAAGAACAGUAUCUUCUAUGUGCUCCUCAGAGACUUCGGUGGUCAGGCUGCUGCAGAUGCCAUGUGGAGAGUGGCAAGAGUUUGUCCAUUCUUUCUGAGUAACAGAGGGUUUUCUAUUGGAAUUGGUGACGUCACGCCUGGCCACGGGCUUUUGCAGGCAAAGGAUGAGCUUCUCAGCAACGGUUAUUCCAAGUGCGACAGCUUCAUUCAGGAUUUUAAAGAAGGCAAGUUGCAAACGCAGCCAGGAUGUAGUGCUGACGAUACUCUUGAGGCUGUUAUCCUCAAAGAGCUUUCUGUCAUAAGAGAUCACGCCGGAAAGGCUUGUCUUCGCGAGCUACACAAGUCCAACAGUCCAUUAACAAUGGCAGUAUGCGGUUCAAAAGGAUCGUUCAUCAACAUUUCACAGAUGAUCGCCUGUGUUGGUCAGCAGGCCAUCUCAGGCAAGAGAAUCCCAAAUGGAUUUGAAGACAGAGCUUUGCCUCACUUUAAACGACAUUCCAAAUCUCCAGCUGCCAAAGGAUUUGUCAAAAACAGCUUCUACUCUGGUCUUACUCCCACAGAAUUUUUUUUUCACACCAUGGCUGGAAGAGAAGGACUUGUGGAUACUGCCGUUAAAACUGCAGAAACUGGAUACAUGCAAAGACGACUUGUUAAGUCGUUAGAAGACCUCGCCACCCAGUAUGACUUGACUGUAAGAAAUUCAGUCGGAGACAUUGUGCAGUUCAUGUACGGCGGAGAUGGACUGGACCCCACUGAUAUGGAGGGAAAGGAUAAACCGCUGGACUAUGAGCGCGUGUUCAGUCACGUUCAGUGUUCGUUCCCUAUGAAGGAUGAAGAACCUCUCAGUUCAAAAGAGAUUCGUCAAAUGGCUUUACAUGUUUUAGACGGUUCAGACUUUGAACACUGUGGAACAGAAUUCAAUAAGGAUUUGAGAGCAUUUGUUGAAGACUUCGCCAAGAAAGUUGAGAAAAAGGAUCCACAACUAAGCGUGGGAGCUGGUGCAUCUGAAAGAAGUCGCUCCAAUGUGCUUUCCUGGGUAGACCGCUGUACUAAGUCACAGCUGAAGCAGUUCCUGGACCUUUGCAAGGAAAAAUACUCAAGAGCUAAGAUCGAACCGAGCACUGCAGUGGGUGCCCUGUGCGCUCAGAGUAUUGGGGAGCCUGGUACGCAGAUGACUCUGAAGACAUUUCACUUCGCCGGAGUCGCUUCAAUGAACAUCACUCUUGGUGUCCCUCGUAUAAAGGAGAUCAUCAACGCGUCGCGGUUCAUCAGUACCCCUAUUAUCUCUGCUCCUCUUAUGAAUGACAAAAAUGCUGACGAGGCCCGUGGAGUAAAGGGUCGCAUCGAGAAAACAUUAUUAGGAGAGGUUUCAGAGUACAUCGAGGAAGUUUUUCUUCCCAACAGCUGUUUCAUUCUCGUCAAACUCGCCAUGGAUAGGAUUAAACUACUAAAGCUCGAAGUUGAUGUUGAUUCCAUAAGGUUUGCAAUUUGCAGUACAAGAAAGCUGAAAUUAAAACCUCAGCAAGUGACCGCUCUUAGCAAAUCAGAGCUGUGUAUUUAUCCCAGUGAAAGCAGCAAGUCUUCCCUUCAUUAUACCAUGCAACAGCUGAAAUCUGAUCUUCCUAACGUACUCAUCAAGGGUCAUAAGAAUGUUAAUCGUGCCAUCAUUCAUGUUGACGAAGCUCAGGGAGACACUUACAAGCUGUUAGUGGAGGGAGACGAUUUGCUGUCUGUCAUGUCCACAGUUGGUGUUAAGGGUACAGCUGCAACUUCCAACAACACAGCUGAAGUGGAAAAAGUUCUUGGAAUCGAAGCUGCCAGGGCAACGAUAAUGAACGAAAUCAACGUGACCAUGAAGAGUCAUGGGAUGAGUAUUGACACUCGUCACGUGAUGUUACUUGCGGACCUCAUGACUUUUAAGGGAGAAGUACUUGGAAUUACAAGGUUUGGCUUGGCAAAGAUGAAGGAAAGUGUCCUGAUGCUCGCGUCUUUUGAGAAGACUUCUGAUCAUUUGUUUGACGCAGCACUGCACGGUCAGACAGACUCCAUUGAUGGUGUCAGCGAGUGUAUUAUCAUGGGAAUUCCCAUGAGUAUUGGUACAGGAAUGUUCAAACUACUCCACAAGCCAGACAAAACAGGUCCACCGAGCCGGAGAAACUUGAUUUUUGACAACCCUGUAUUUCAUUUGCCGGAAUCUACCAUGGACGUGGUGAGGUAGCAAAUGGAAUGGAAACGAAUUUUGCACUUUACACGUGAACUGAUUGCGAUUAUGUAGUUGUACAUUCAAUUAAGAACAUUGAACUUAAGACUCUUUUCUUAGUCUCGAGACUGUUAUUUUCGACAAUUUGUCUCCUGAAACUUUGCUAGACGGACCUCAAUAGCCCCUUGGUACAGUGUGUUAUUACUAGCAAAUAAGUUCUUCAACCAAAGUCAAAAUUUAAGUUACAUAGAAACCUGCUCUCGCGCACUAUGAUGGGCGAACUUGAAUCGUCAGAAUAAAAAGAAAGUUCAUAUGUUUAAAAAUAACGUGAUUAAUUAUCAUAGUUUUGUAUGAUUCUAGCAUAGCAGCGUUGUGGUGUUUCUCACAAGACUGCGUAAUUGUGUAAAGACCACAAACUUGAAAUCGCCAUAUUUAACCCUUUACACCCAAAGUCGGUUUGCAUAUUCUCCAUACUGUUCUUUCUACAUUUCCUGAGGCGCUGACAAGGAGAAUGUGUUUAACAAUCAAGAGCUUCUUUAGAAGCUAGAUGCGAGGUUAUAGGGUUACGCUUCGUCAAUCGAAGAUUUGUUUGAUUUAACUUUCGUAUUGAAGUACAACCGGUUUUUUUCCACGCAAACUCGCCUUGACAUUUCAGCAAUUAUUCGCGCGAAGCCUGGGUGAAAAGAAAUAUGAUGCGGCAAAAUACCCUUGAAAACGAGGGGACAGUUUUUGGUUAAGAUGUAGAUAUUCAUCCAGUUUGUGUGUAUAUUUGUUAUAUGUGAAGUAUAAAAACGAGAUAAAACAACCGGAAAAACCGAUACAUGUUAACGAAACUUUCAACUGUUUUUUAAGUUAUUUACCAAACAAGUCUAUGAUGUUGGCCAAGUUUUUAUCAACCUAUAAAUUGAUAAUUAUGAGCCUAGCCGAGACUGUUUAUCGAUAAAAGAGUCUGCGAAGGAACAGCUCUUGUUCUAUUAUCUUUGUUUGUGGUAAGCAUCGUUUUUUUGUCCGUGUGGACGUGAUAAACGCGUAAAUUUUAAAGCACUGACAUCGCUAGCCUGCCAUCUUUUCGAAAACUCUCCUUUUAGGUAAAAUCUGUGUUUUUCAGUGUUCGGCGGUUGCGUGAAAGACCCCCCCAAAAAACGGAAGUCGUUGACGGCAGAAUUUCUAAGCUCGUUUUUAUACGCGAUUGGCGCUCGAAUUCAGCACGUGUUAGUUUUAACUACUUCAUUAAGAGAGACGUUGAUCCCACGUGGAGGUAAUUACAACUGCAAUUUGCAGACAUCAAAGACCUUGCCAUGGGACCAGUAAAGUAAAAUGGCGCCUUGAUUUCUAGCGCGCGUGAAUGAUAUUGUACAUCCGAACAAACACUAUACCUUCUCGCCCUUUUGGGAGUCUUGACAUUUUUUUUAUUUCCCUAGGCGCCAACUAAUUUAUUGAUAAGUUACAGGUAUUUUGUUUAGUUCGUAUCACCAUUUUAAUAAUUCUGUUCGUCUUAGAAUUGACGUGUUCAAGAGUUGACUUAAAACAAGUGAAAAAUUAAUUUGCAUUCGCUUGGAAGGUUUAGGGGUUUUAUUCUCUUGCUUUCAUUAGUGCAUUUUAUUGCCCUAAAUGAUCGUCAGCGUUGUUUUAAACAAUGUCAAUUAAACAAAGGAAAAUUCAGUUGAUUGUAACAAUUUUAGUUUGGAAAAGAUGCAUGUAAAAAUUAUGAUCGUGUUUUCUACUCUGUUACUGGGCUCUGGAAAGAGAAUUUAGCCAGCGUUGCCCAGUUCUAAGAUGUUUCAUGAAGUCGCAUGAAAUCCAGACGAAUUUUGUUUUCAAUGUAACUUUUUCGAUGAUAAAAAGUUUUACAAUUUAGCUCCCAUAAAAAAUUUUUUAAUGUUCAUUAAAUUGUAAACAGGAUGUGGGAAUUCUAGUUUUAAACCAAAAUACUGUGGUUUUACUUUCUUAAUGGACCUUUCAAACUUUGUUCGGAUUUCAGUUAAAAACCUGAAAUAUUUUUGUUCCUGUUGAAAUUCACAGCUGACAAUCAAAUCACAGCUCAUCUCUUUGGAUCUGUUUUAUUCCGAGUUAUUAAUUCAAAGUUGCUAAGAAACAAAGUCAGGAAUGAAAUAUCGUUAAAUAAGCGGCCAUUGUUUAGUAUAUUCUAUUACUUCACCACGUGGUUUUAUUUCGUGAACGCACGUAAAGUAAACUGAGUUUCAAAAAUGAUCGGGGUUACUUCUCUUUCGCUCUAUCUUUAAAAACUGGUUAAUAGAGAUUACUCUCCUGCAUUUUGCAACCUGUUAUUAUUCAAGCCUGGAGCUCUCUGAGCAGGAUCUUGGAUCAAACCGUGAUCACAGGUCGCAUAUUGUUUAAGAUACCAAUCGUGAUUUAUUCAGAUUACGAGACCGACCCAAAAACAACUAUUAGUUUCAAUUUAUAUCCUUGAAAACUGCCGCUUAUUAAAAGUCUGCAGUUCUGAACCAAACCAACGUGAUUCCCGUUGAUAUAAUUGCUGCCUUUUUGGCCUAUAUUUUGUGUUUCCUAACUGUCCUAUUCAUAAUCCUACACGUGGUCUACAGACAAAGGGCGCCUAAUUUAAGCAGUUUUCAAAUUGAGGCACUUUGAUAAGUCUUCUCAAUUGUCGCUUGCAACGAAUCGCUAAAAAAUGAAAAAUAAAACCGUUUUCCUUCUAUGAUUUCGCCGCGAUUUUAGUGAUUAGGUACUUUUGAUAAAGCCGUGCAGUUUACUUGGGGUAAAUUUUGUGGUAUUGUACGCGAAUUAACCAACAGACCAAGCCUACUUAUGUUACAAAACAAUUACCCGUUAGUUCUGUUUGUUUUGGUCUGUGGGAUUCGAUGUGGCAACUGCUUGCGAGACCUAUGGCGCGCAAAAAGGAAAAAGAGGAAGAAACAGGUUACACUGUCUGUUUCUUGUCCGUGGCUAGCAACGAAGAACAGACGUUGAAAAUCAUGGUUUAGUUAAAAAAACCAAAAUAAAAUCCAUCACAGCUUCUUUUAAAACAACUUUUUA